AUUCAAGAUGGCGGACGAAGUUGAGCAAGUUGAUGCCACAGAAGGUAACGCGCAGAACGAAGAGGCUGCAGUGGGGCGAUUAACACAGUUUCCACAAACUCGAGUUCGUAAUAUGAUGAAGAUUGAUCCUGAUUUGCAUUUGGCUAACAGAGAGUCGGUAUUCCUCUUAACGAAGGCAGCAGUAAGUUUGAAUAUAAUCACGGCGUUUUUUUUAAAUUUCCCUAAAUAAAAUCAGAAGUAAAGCUUUAAGAGCCUUCUGUGCAAUAUUCACGCACCUUAUACUAUUGAUGAAGAGUUUCUUUUUUCUUUCCCGUUCAGAGAGUUAUUCAUAGGGUUUACUUGUUAUCUCUCUUCACAAAUAAACAUUUAUUCCGUCAUGUCCUCAAAAAUUGUAUUGUUUUUAUUCAGUACCCCUCAGAACAUUUGGCGAUAUUAAUUUACCCUUCUUCAGAAAAGAGCCAUUUUAAUCGUAGGUUGGUAUUUUACAACCCUCUUAAUCAGAAAAAUCGUAUCCUCCAUCCGCAUAUCGAUGAUAUGACUUAUCCCUCAUCCUUUUAGAAAUUUAUUUGCUUGGAAUUUUCCCCCAUUACAAAUUGACAUUUUGGAUGCUAAUAAAAUGCAACUAGUGGUCUGUUAUCAAUGCUGUGCCUUGAUUGGUUGAGCUACUACUAGGCUAUAAGUUAUAGCCCACUAGUAACGAAUAGGGCCGGAUUUUUGGCAGCAAAAAAGGAUUUGCUUUAAGUUGUUUUGUCUGGAUAUUUUUGACCAACUAGUUGGAUUUUACUAAUACAAUAUUAUUAUUCCUCUCGCCCUCAUGGCCUCUGAGUCAAUAGCCCAUUCAGCUUUCAGCCUCAUGGGCUAUUGACUCGGAGCCCAUUCGGGCUCGCGGAAUAAUUGUUAAAUACCCAUUUUCAGAAAAGCCCUUUUGCCUAGUAAUGACCCCCCCCCCCCACUCCACCAGAAAAUCCUAUUUAUAAGGGUGAGGGACUGGGUGGAGGGCAGUGGAUAUAAAAAGUAGAAUGGUCCUUUUAUAAGAUUAAACAGCUUUAGGUGAGAUUUUCACACAACCCCAUACAUUUUAUAUACAUGCAGCAAGUUCAAAGUGUUUCCUAAAAUUUUUAGUUUUUAAUACUGUGAAUAAAGUCAAGACCUGCAUGCAUGAUAAAUUUAUAGGGCUGGACAGAAAAUAGUUUAACCCUCUGAUAGGAAAAUACCAGUAUGCCCAGUAUGCUUUUACCUACUUUUAUAUUUCACAAAUGUGUGUUUUACUUAAGAUUUCUCUUGAAAUUUCACAAAUAUUUCUCUUUACGUAUUGAUUUUGCUCAACAACUUUGUAGGAGCUAUUUGUUGAAUAUUUUGCCAAAGAGGCACACAAAAGGACUGUCAUAGGGAAAAGAAAGACGAUACAAAGAAGAGAUCUGGGUAAGCUCAAUCCUUUACGCUUGUUCUGGGCCUGGUUCCUGAAAGGGCGAUUAGCAUUAAUCCAGCAUUAAAAUUUUGUUCUGUUUUUGUAUUUUACAUUCCUAUGUAUUGCUUAGGUUAGCAUUUUGUUUUAUCAUUACUGUACCUUGUAGUUAAGACUCAACAGUAUUUUGUAACCUCGAGUUGCAUGUUCUUAGAUGAGAAAACCAUGCUUAUAAUUUGGCUUAAUCCUGGCGGUUAAACUUAACCAUCUUUCAAGGAGCCGGGGGCUGGAGAUUUGUAGGAGAAUUAACCUGCAUAAUAUUCUGUUACCUUUCAUCCCUCCCUGUCACUGGGGCAUUUGGCACAGUACAAGAAAUAACUCUAAUUUGGCGGCUCACAAAUAUUUCAUACUGAUGUUUGUAAAUAUUUUUUUAAUCUGGUAGUCACAGGAUUCUGGAUGCAAAUUUGUUCAAGUUUCUGUUUUCACCUAGUUGAUUAUGGUAAAAUUUUGAGUUCUGCUGUGAAUUGGGCAGCAGCAAAACUGAAGAACCUCUGGUAAAGCAAGUAUAUUCCGUGGAAAUUGUGUUUCUUGGUAGAUUCAACAGCUUGUACAUUUGAUAUUUGUGACCACAGUGUGCAAAGGAAGUAGUGUCCGAUAGCCCGGGGCUAGCGGAUUUUGCUAUCGGGCUAGUGAAUUCUGUUUUUAACUUGCCCGACAGGCAAGUGAUGUUUUUUGAGGAAUUCGAAUAACAGAAGAACUGUGAAAUCAAUUCUGCUAGUCAAAAAUUUUUUGGGGCUAGUUGAAAUGAUGUCUGGGGUAGUGAAUGCUAGCAUCAGCUUGCCUGAAUGGCAAUUGUAAAAGUGAUUUUCUUUGCACCCUGUGACCUACAGCUGAAGGAGAGCAGUGGCAACCAAUCAUAACUCCCUUAUACCAGAUUCUGGACACACUUUUUUUAAAGUAUUGAUGGGCCAAAAUGCACAGGUCUUACUCAGGAACAUCCCCAACAAUGGGGAGCUAUAUGUAUGAGAGGUAGCUGUAUUCACAGAGUAAGUAAAAUUCUUGAAAACCUUUAACCAUGUGUCACUCAUGCAGAAAUGAUUAUGUGUGUCUACAUUGUUUAUAGAUACAACUAUUGAUGAAAAUGAAGAAAUGGCAUUCUUAGAGGGUAAAUAUUAUAAACAAUUGACUAUAUAA